UUUCCAGGGCUUCCUCUCCCCCCCCGCUCGAUGCGGUGGCUUCCUCCUCUUUUCUUCGGAGAAUCCUCCCUGAGCAUUCAUUCAUUCAUUCAUUAGUUCCACCCGGUCGCAUGCUUGCCAUGCUUUUGAGCAAGAACACACACCAUCAGCAGCGGCAGAGAUUAAUUUGACACAACGAUCUGGACUUCUGGAGGGAGUAUAUAGCUCUUCAAGUUCCUGGCAGCUGGAGGAGCGGAGGAGGCGUGGUGAAAUAUUAAAAAAAAAAAGAAUCCACUAGCAGCUUUGGCUAUUUCAGCAAAACGUAUGUGUGGGUAGAGAGAGAGAGGGUGCAGAGAUAGGGGAGGAAGCAUAAUUCCACUCACUGCCCAACCACAGGACAUUCUUUCUCUCUCCCUUCUGCUCAAGAAAUCCUCCACCAGCAGCAGAAGCAGUAGGAGGAGGAGGAGCUCAUCGUCUUCGUCUUCCCUGCUUCGUCUCCUCAGGUUUGGAGAGGGUGUCCGGAGCAAGAAUUGUUGGGGGAGGCCUCUUGCAUGGAUGCGGCCCAUUGGCACCAGAUCUAUGAUUCAGUAUCAUCAUCAGCACGAGUUCUCUCUCCUUCUUCCAUAGGCUUUGAGGGGAUAGGGCUGGUGAAGCCCAUGGAGGAGAUGCUGAUGGCGGCGAACGCGGGCGCGGGCGCGAACCCGAAUCCGCCGGCGCCGGCGCCGUCGUCGGCAACUGGGGGAGCACUGCGGGGUGGCGGCGGUGGCGCAGCGGCAGUGGCAGGUGGCACGGGAGCGGGUAGCACGGAGCGGCGGGCGCGGCCGCAGAAGGAGAAGGCGCUCAACUGCCCGCGGUGCAACUCGACGAACACCAAGUUCUGCUACUACAACAAUUACAGCCUCCAGCAGCCGCGCUACUUCUGCAAGACGUGCCGGCGCUACUGGACGGAGGGCGGCUCGCUCCGCAACGUCCCCGUCGGCGGCGGCUCCCGCAAGAACAAGCGCUCGUCGUCGUCGUCGUCCGCGGCCGCCUCCACGGCGAAUUCCGUCGUCACGAGCGCGUCGUCCAUGGCCAGCACGGCCGGACCCGCGGGUGCAGCGUCCAAGAACCCGAAGCUGGUGCACGAGGGCGCGCAGGACUUGAACCUGGCGUUCCCGCACCAUGGAGGGCUGCAGGCGCCGCCGGAGUUCCCCGCGUUCCCGAGCCUUGAGAGCAGCAGCGUCUGCAACCCCGGUGGCGCAAUGGCGAGCAACGGCCGGUCCAGCGGCGCGGUGGGCGCGCUCUCUGCGAUGGAGCUGCUCCGGAGCACCGGCUGCUAUAUGCCGCUGCAGGUGCCGAUGCAGAUGCCCCCGGACUACGCCACGCCGGGGUUCGCACUCGGUGAGUUUCGCGCUCCGCCGCCGCCGCCGCCACAGUCGUCCCAGAACGUGCUUGGGUUCUCGUUGGACGCUCACGGCUCGGUGGGCGGGCCUUCCCCGGCGGGGUUCGACUCCAGCUCCGGGUUGCAGGGCGUGCCGGAGAGCACGGGCCGGUUGCUGUUCCCGUUCGAGGACUUGAAGCCGACGGUUAACUCUGGUGGCGGUGGAGGCGCAAGCGGUGGCGGAGACGGCGGCCAUCAGUUCGAUCAAGGCAAGGAGCAGACCGGUGGCGGCGGCCCAGGUGGGCAUGACACGCCGGGGUUCUGGAACGGCAUGAUCGGCGGCGGCGGCGGCGGCACUUCUUGGUAAUGGCGGCGGUGCACCGUGCAUGCAAGCGCGGCGGCGCCGGCCAUGCCAUGCCAUGCAUGCAUGGCUCAUGCAAAAGCUUUCGUGCUGGCGUGGGGUCAAUUGGAGAUAGGCAGUAGAUCAACGACGAGGGUUUAAUAAGAGGUUGGCAUUGGCGAUGAUCUAUCUAUCACUGAUUCACUGUUACUCCGUAUAUGGUGUUUGAUCUCUCUCUUUUUUCCCGGUGUUGCAUAUCUUCAUCUUGGUGUUCGAUCUUUCUCCUUUCCUCUGUCUUUCAUGUGUUGCUGAUCGAUCGAUCGACUUUGGUGCUCAACACAAUCAACAGAGCUCACACGAUCAACACGAUCAUGAUGCAUGGCCUCCCUUCCGAUGUUCCUUCCAGUUCUCCAUUGAUCACUGUUCUUAAUCGUUUGAUCUGUGGCAUGUUGGUUAGCUGCAUAUGCGUCAGUGCAGUACCAGUAGUGAGCACGGGGAAGCUUCUUUUUAGGCUGGCUGCGAGCCUGAUGGCGUGUACGUACGUAGUAGUACUACAGAGGCAUGUGGUGUGUGUGGCUCAUUGGUUUUGCAGGGGGCAUUGUGGAAGGCAAUUGAAGCGAAGGAUGAACUGAUGAAGGACUCGGUUGGGGGGAAAGAAAGAAAUGGACCCCCCAUCGCCAUGCUUGUAUGUCAAACUUAGCUACAGUCUGUUUGGUAACACCGGUGCAUCAAGCUUUUGGUGUAGAUGGUAGAUCUUGGGAAUGGUUUGCAGGUCUAUGACUUUGUGUUGAUCCUAAUUAAGGUGUAGUAAUUCCAUUAUUUUCUAGCUUAACUUGGUAGUAGUAUUGUUGUUAAUUAACUUCUACGGGGCACAGAGGGGUAGUAUAGUUGAAGAGGGUUUUGGAGCGCAUGUAUAAGUAUCUUAUUGUUACUAUACAUUUUGCAGCUAAACUAUAAUGCACAUCUUUUUGCUCUUUGUUUCUGUACUUUUAUAAGUUUGUCUUUCUGUCUGUCAUCUCUCUGUGCGUUCCUUUUUCUUGUAGCAGGCUAGCUCUGAGAUGUCAUGUCUCACCAUCGUCCCAAAACCGGAAUCUUCCAGCCAUGAAAAGCACUAGGGAGAGAGGGAGAGAGAAGAGGAGCUAGAGAAGCCAUGGAGCCAGGGAAGGGAAUACGUAUGUAUGACAAACACCCCACUCUCUAAAGAAACUUUACCAGCAGGCACACACAGUCUGCCUCUCACUCUCUCAUACUCCAAAGUCUCUCUCUUCUCACUCUCAUCACAUGGUAUAUUAUUAUAUCAUAUGUUUGGCCAUCUGUGAGUGCUUGAUCAGGCCAUUUGUACUACCUUUUUUUGUUUUUGUAAACUUAAAAGGUACAAAUGCUGCCCCUCCCUCCUCACCAUUAUGCUUCUUGCAUCUCUCUCUGAUAUCUGGUGUCCCUCACCCCUCUUCCUUUCAUGUCAAGUGGGUAAGAAAUGCAACUUUUUACUCAUUUGUUUUCGUAUGUUGUUAGGCAUUCGCUUGCCCAGUUCACCUGCCCACACCAAAAAGUUCUCACCCAAUGAUUCUUUCUCCUGUUCUGUUUAUCUUGUUAUACAAGGGCUAGCUGAAUGGCACACACCAGCUCUUGAUCACCCAAAAGUUGUCCCACAAUGAUUCUUCUCAAUGUACUCAUACAAAUAAAUAUACAAUGGCACACACAGAGAACCUCAUCACCACCAUGUGGUAUCCUCCUCCUGGUGAGGACUUGCAUGGAGGGGCCCACAAAAAACAUUCUCCAAGGGAUGAGGGGCAUGAGGAAUAUGCACUUUCACCGCCUUCUUGAAGCAUUGGCCACCCUAUUAAACAAACUAACCAGUGCCCAGAUUUUAAUGUGCUUCAGGGGUGGAUGAGGAUGUGCUACAUUUGGCUCUGUGCAGCUAAAUGACAAAGGAAUUAGAACUACUGUUAGCUUCUUGAUAGUAGUAUAUCAGCUUAAGGUUAUGCUUUUGGGAGGAUAUAUAAUGCUGCUCUUGCUCCCAUGAUUCACAUCAUUGCUUCAACCAUCAUGAUAAAGUGACAAACUUGAAGGGAUGUUCUGCUUUAUUCCUUAACUAAACUAAUGGGUUUGGAUCAAUCAGGGAGGUAGUACAUCUUACAGUAGUAUAUAUAUGUAUGUGUUGAUCUAAACUUUGAGGCUAUUAAAUAGUUUUGACAAGUCUGCUGCUCAUGUUGCUUGCUUAAAUAUUGUACUAACUACUAUCACAUUUCUCCAUCCACCUUGUUUUCUUCUCUACUUCUGUGCCAU